CCGUCACGGUUGAGACUGUUCAGGCUGUUUAUGGAAAACUCUGGAAGUUUCUGCGAGGUUUAUAAAGAAAAUACUCGGGGCGCAGCGGUCAGCGUUGAGGCAGAGGACGGACCGACGAGCUGUGUCUCUGAACUUCAGCGACAGUCGUCUCUGAGCAGUUUUAACGUUUAUUAAAAAAAAAAAGUCGCAGGACGGUCAGCAUGGGUAAAGACUACUACGACAUUUUGGGGAUUAAGAAAGGAGCGUCGGAGGACGACAUAAAGAAAGCUUAUCGCAAGCAGGCUCUGAAAUAUCACCCCGACAAGAACAAGUCACCGGGAGCCGAGGAGAAAUUCAAAGAAAUUGCCGAAGCUUACGACGUUUUGAGCGACCCGAAGAAAAAGGACGUCUACGAUCGUUAUGGCGAAGAAGGUCUCAAAGGCGGAGGCCCCACAGGUGGUGGUGGUGGUGGUCCUGGCACCUUCAGCUACACCUUCCAGGGUGACCCUCACGCUAUAUUUGCAGAGUUCUUCGGUGGACGUAACCCCUUCGAACAGUUCUUUGGUGCCCGCAAUGGAGGCAUGGAUGAGGACAUGGACACUGAUGACCCUUUUGCCCGCUUUGGGAUGGGGGGCGGUGGAAUGGGCGGGUUCCCCCGCUCCUUCAGCUCUAAUAUGGGAGGAAUGGGCGGUCACAGUAGCGUUGUCAAGAAGCAGCAGGACCCCCCUGUGGUUCAUGAUCUCCGGGUGAGCUUAGAAGAAGUUCUGACAGGUUGCACAAAGAAAAUGAAGAUCUCUCGUAAAAGACUGAACCCUGACCAGCGAACAGUAAGGACAGAAGAUAAAAUCCUGGAGGUGCAGAUAAAGAAGGGGUGGAAAGAGGGCACCAAAAUCACAUUUCCUAAAGAGGGGGAUGAGACUCCCACUAACAUUCCAGCCGACGUGGUGUUUGUGUUGAAGGACAAACCACAUCCUGUGUUUAAACGUGACGGCUCUGACAUCAUUUACACAGCUAGGAUCUCACUUAGAGAUGCCUUGUGUGGCUGCACAGUCAACUCACCCACACUGGACGGCAGAACGGUGACCGUGUCAUCCACAGAUAUCGUACAACCGGGGAUGAAGCGGCGGGUUAGUGGCGAGGGGCUGCCUUAUCCCAAGCGGCCGGAUCGUCGAGGUGACCUGAUAGUGGAGUACGAAGUCAAGUUCCCAGAAAGGCUCAGUCAGAGCGCCCGGGACACCAUCGCUCAGGUCCUCCCGCGAUCUUGAACGAGACACAAGGACCUUCAGGACUGUAUCACACUCAGCUGCCAACUAUUUUUUUAUUUUAUUUUUUGUCAGUCAUCACAUGGAUUUUCAUGUGGAGGUUAAAUUCACACCAGGCAAUAAAGGACAGGCUCGUGGGGCAGAUCCUGUGUGUACAUUGGCAAUCAUUGUGUAAAUACCACUGUGAGAAAAUGCUCUCUGUGAAUGAGUGCAGUCACAGACUACAAUGUAAAUAUGACCAAUAUUGUUUGGUGUUUGGUUUACUGAAUAGAUUAUAUUUUGAUGAAAAUUUAUUAUAUAAAGUAUAUUAUAUAACAUAUGCA